GAGGCAGGCAGAGACUCAGGGAGCGAGUGGAGACACCACGACGGAGACAGGGGGUCGGAGAGCAGAAGGGGACCAAGAGAGGGGAGACAGCAAGGCCAGGGGACCCUGAGACGGGGCAGGGAGAGGCAGAUCCAGCCCACGUCCAGGGGCUGCUCGGAGAGGCGGCAGAAGAGAACAGAGACCCAGGCAGCAAGAGAGAGGACCAGGAGAGGGACCAGGAGAGGGACCGGGAGAGAGACCCUGGCCCCGUGGGAGGAGGGGUACGCAGAGCACCACACACCCGCCCACCCAAGGGUGCUGCACAGGGGGCAGGGCUCGUGGGGCCACCCCACUUACCCUUUCUGCCCUCGGUUCAGCGGCACCUGGCAGAGGAGCUGCUGGGGGGCUCACUCAGAAGUUGGUUGCUGUUGAGAGGAACCUACACAAGGGGUGCCAGCCAAAGGCCCCCUAACUGUAGCAGGGGACCCCCUAAGAUGGAGUUCAGGGAUUCUGAGACUCCCGAGGAUGGGGAUUCAGAGGAGGACACGGCCACAGCCCUGCAGAGGCUGGUGGAGCUGACGGCCACCAGGGUGACUCCUCUGCGGAGCCUGAGCACCCAGUACCGCCUCAUCCGGAAGCUGGGCUCGGGCUGCUACGGGCGCGUGCUCCUGGCAAGGCCUCGCCUAGGGGGUCCCCUGGUGGCCCUGAAGCUGCUGCGGAGGGACACGGUGCUCAGGGCAACCUUCUUGCGGGAGUUCUGCGUGGGCCGUUGUGUCUCCUCACACCCAGGCCUGCUGCGCACCUUCGCGGGGCCCCUGCAGACACCCCAACAUUUCGCCUUCAGCCAGGAGUAUGCACCCUGCGGAGACCUCAGCGGGAUGCUCCAGGAGAGGGGCCUCCCGGAGCUAUUGGUGAAGCGGGUGGCAGCCCAGCUGGCCGGAGCCCUGGACUUCCUCCACGGCCGGGGUCUGGUCCACGCAGAUGUCAAGCCGGACAAUGUGCUGGUCUUUGACUCUACCUGUAACCGUGUGGCCCUGGGUGACCUGGGCCUGACCCGGCCCGAGGGCAGCCCGACGCCCGCCCCAGCAGUGCCCCUGCCCACUGCACCACCCGAGCUCUGCCUGCUACUGCCACCUGACACCCUGCCCCUGCGGCCAGCACUGGACUCCUGGGGCCUUGGGGUGCUGCUCUUUUGUACGGCCACCGCCUGCUUCCCCUGGGAUGUGGCCCUGGCCCCUGACCCUGAGUUUGAGGCCUUUGUUGGCUGGGCAGCUGCCAGGCCCCGGCCCCCUCGACCACCACCGCCUUGGGACCAGUUCACACCACCAGCUCUGGCCCUAUUCCGGGGGCUUCUGGACCUGGAUCCAGAGACGAGGAGCCCACCGCUGGCUGUCCUGGAUGCCCUGGGGGACGACUGGGGGCUGGAUGGAGACAGGGAGGAAGUCAGCGGCCCAGGGGUUGUGUGCUGUGAGGAUGAGGAGGAAGAGGAAGGAGAGGGGGGAUCCAGCUUGGAGGAAUGGACAGACAAGGAAGAGGAGGAGGAGGAAGAGGAGGAGGAGGAGGACGAGGAGGAGGAGGACAGCAGAGGGAUGGCGACAGGUGGGGGAGCUUCCUGACCAGGUGACAGGGACAGGUGGCAGAGCCAGAGCCAAGGGACCUUCCCCCAGUGACACGGCCACCUGGACAACAGACAGCUGCUCCCAGGAGGACAGAGAGGAACACUCUGCACUGUGCCUGCUGCAGGGCUCAGCCAGGAUAAGCAAAUUC